AUGAUCCUCGCAGAAGAAUUCAGUCGCCAUCCGAAAGCGCGUGAUUCAGACUUUUCGACAAAUUCUGAGGAACGGGGUGUGUUCCAUAUGACUCCUCGGCUUGCCAGCACCGAGGCAUGCAUUCGUGGAGCGCUUGUUUGCCAGCUUGCAGCGAGUCAUUCGUCGCCUCUUGCUGAUGCAGCUGAGCUUGUCAGUCCUUAUGUGGACGGAAUUGACCUAAACUGUGGCUGUCCACAGCCGUGGGCGUAUGAAGAACGGGUCGGGUCGUAUCUGCUAGAGGAGCCGGAGCUCGUUGCCGACAUGAUACGUACAGUGAAAGGCCGCUUGGGUGAUGCAUAUUGUGUCAGUGUCAAGAUUCGCAUUGAUCCAGACUUGAGACGCACAGAUACGCUCGUCCGAAAUGCAUUGCAUGCGGGUGCGUCAUUCAUCACGAUCCACGGCCGAACUCGGCAUGAAUCAUCUGGCUCAGACCCAGUCCAUCUCGAUGCCGUGCAAUUUGCUGUCGAUUGUGCGCGUACAUGUGGACUUCAAACGGCUCGAGGCACGUCGCCAGGCGAUGCUUGGACAUGGGCUGAGGACGGUGGUGCAGGUGGAUUCGCUCCGUGUGUGGUGAACGGCGACAUUUGGAGCAACGAAGAUGCUAUGGCUUGGCGCGCACACACUGGAGCACGUGGGGCUAUGAGCGCUCGAGGAUUGCUUGCAAAUCCUGCGCUCUUCGCCGGCGAGCCACACACUCCAAGGGAGGCGGUACGGCGCUUCGUCGAUUAUGCUAUGAAGUGGAGUCUUCCCACGUCUCUUCUGCACAGACACUUGGCAUACAUGCUCGAGGAUACCAUGUCGAGUCGUGCUGAAUCGAUCUAUUUCAACACCCUCGCGAGCCCUGCAAGUAUUUUGGACUGGCUCACCAAUGCGGGGUAUGUAUCAUAG